AUAUCCCGAGAAUUGAAAUUUGCAGACAGCUUUUACUGUUUUUUGCUCAUAUUUACCUUAAUGUAGUGAUAUUUAAUUGUUAUAGCACAGUAUAUAUGAUGAACUGGGCAAGCAUGUUACAGGAAAAUCAUUGAACAGCAUGAACCAGAUGCACAAUGAUUAUAUCAAAGGCAUCAUGUUUAUAAUGGUAUAACAGUUCAAGUUAACAGACAUCAUAAUGAAUACAAGGGAGAUCAUUUUUCUAAGCGUUGCCAUUUCCAUAGCAGCAGUGUUGCAGUAUUAUGAUUGGUUGUUUAUAUCCUUAUUCCUAAUGUUUAUGACAGCAGUAGGAGUGCUAGGGAUAUACCUGAGCGUUUCCUGGUCCCUUGUUAGAGGAAAACAAUACAAACCUUCUAGUCAGCCUACAGAACCAGUUAACAUCAAGGAAUUGUUGGAGAAAAUGAUGGAAAAGAAAUCAGAAACAUUAGAAGAACAGAAGAAAGUAGUUGUGUCUCGUAAUAUUGACAAUGCAGUAAGAGAAGUUAUGGAAUUUGUUAUCAGAGAUUUUGUUUUAUCAUGGUAUACAGAACUGUCUAUGGACCAAACAACAGCAACGAAUGCCAUCAAAAAUGACAUGUGGAUUGUCUUAGAGAAUUUAAGCUCACGACUGUCAAAGAUAGAUAAAGUGAAAGUGAUGACCCAGGACGUGAUGGAACUUAUGUAUCAACAUUUCAAUAAAAUACGCUUAUGUUCUGCCAGCAAGGGACCAGAUCAAAGAAAAUUCAUUCUCCAUGCAUGGUUAGCUAAUGAAGACACUGAACUAGAAUUCCUAAGGAAAUUGUGUGAUGCUUUUCUGAUUGUUCUUCUACCAAGCCAUUAUAGAGGUUGUAUAAGUCUUCGACAUUUACUGAGGGAAAUAUUAACAGGGGCUGUUAUAAAGCCAGCAGUAGACAUGCUCUGUGACCCAGAUUACAUCAACAGGAAGUUAAUAAGUUACAUUGAUUAUCGUCAAAGACUGUCCGAGGAUACUAAGAAGACGUAUACCUAUGCUGCCACCUAUGAAGAUUUUAUAAAACUAAUUGAUAAGUGUAAUGAUAUAGAACACCUUAAACAAAUCAGAUACAACAUCCUCACAGAAAUAAUACAUGCUACUACUAUAGAUAACCUGAAGAAAGAACAAGGUCCUAUAUCUGACAGAACGAGUCCCACCCCAGGGAUAGGGAAAGGAGAAUUACUCAAAGCCAGGAACCUGAAGAGAUAUACCAAUCAGUUGUCAGUUGCCAAAACUAAAUCUGAGAAGAGAUUACAUUACCUUGGUGGUCCAGAAUAUAAAGCUUAUGACCUUCAGGAUGAUACCAUGGAAACAAGCCAGAAAGUGCUGACAUUUCCAGAGAUAAUGGAGAGUGUCAGUGGUAGGGAAGAAUUCUCCAGAUAUCUAAAGAAAACUGAUCAAGAUUCAUUGAUGGGGUUUUGGAAUUCUGUUGAAAAACUGAAGAAUAUGGACAAGAAACUACAGCAUCAUCAAGCCAGUGAAAUAUAUCAACAAUUCAUAGCAAGCAGCAAUAGUAUUGUCAAACUAGAUAAAACUACCAUCAAAGGGAUGGAAGCAUUUAUGUUGGGAAACCAGGGACCAGAUAAGUUUUAUGAAGGUCAGUUGACCAUUGAACAUAUCUUACAAACCCAGCAUUAUCCAUCCUUCCUUGUGAGUGAUAUAUAUAAUAGAUAUAUCAGAAGUCUAGAGGAUGGUACACUGGAUGUGAAAUCUGACUCAUCUAAAGAUUACUUGCUGUUUGAGCCCAAGGACCAUUUUGUCGACCCUGAGGAUGAGGAUGAAGAAAUGUUUGCCAGUCAGGCCUACGAGGCUCAGGCCAGAAUCCAACAACUGGACGAGAAAAUAGAGAAUAAAACUCAGGCUUUACAUGCCAUGAGGGCCACAAAGACAAAUGCAGCUGACGACUCUAAGAUAGAAAAAGUUGAAAAAGACAUAGAAAAAGAACUUGAGAAUCUAGAAAUGGAGAAAAGAAUGAGAGAGGCUCACAUACUGAGGACCAGAACCUGGAUAGAGAAUCAGGGACAAUGGAGGGUCCAUGUAUAUGGUGCUGAGUUAGUAGAAGAACAAGAUAAGAAGAUCCUGGUUUAUGUUUUGGUUGUUUAUACCAUUGGAGGAGAUGAGGGCAGCCAGAAUCUACAGAACAGUUCUAAUGGAUGGACUGUAUCCAGGAAUCUAGCAGAAUUCCAGACCCUCAAUGAACAAUUAUGUCAGAUAGGUCCGUGGUUGAAGAAGAAAGACAUUCCAUCAGCAGGCCGAUUUACCACCAUUGACGACAAGUUUAUAGAAGAGAGUAAAAAGACACUCAGUAGUUACCUUGAAGUUAUUUUAAAAGAUGAGAGAAUGGCCCAUAGUGAGGCUCUGUAUGCAUUCCUGUCUCCGUCACCAGAAUACUUCAAACAGAACAAGUUAGAGAAAAGUAACUUCUUCCUCAGAACCAUUCUGAAAAAAUUUCCGUCCAGACAAGCAGACCCCCAUGACAGUGAUGAUGAACUUCUUUUUUGCAGGGAGGAAGAGACCAAACUGGAUAGAAAUGUAGAUUCUAUUGCUGAACCUUUCUAUAAACUGGUGAAUGAGAUAUUUGAAUCCCGAGGAAUGUUUAAAUGGCUGAGGAAAAGUUUUAUUAUGUUUGUGGAAGUGACUUUUGGUAGAACUAUUAACAGACAGCUGUGUGAGACCGUAGAUUGGAUAUUUUCUGAGUCUAUGAUAAUUUAUUACAUACAACAAUUCACACUAUCCCUGUGGCCCGAUGGAAAACUGGCUGAAAAUGAGUCGUCCAGAAGUGACGAAGAGAAACUUAAAACAAGAAUGGAAGCUAAGGAAAAAUUCUUACAAAAUAUGCCAGAUGCUAUAAAGACAUUACUGGGAGAGGACAAUGGACGGAGGGGUACAAUUAAGAUAUUUGAAGUACUACAGGAUACUAGACUUAAUAAACAAUUGUUUUAUGAUCUUGUAAAUCUACUGACCCUUGAACUCUGUCCAGAAAUCAAAGAAAAGAAACCAGAUGCAACAAAAUGAAACUUAAGUUUAAGAAUUGACCUUUGAACUGAAUCAAUGUGGUCAAUGUCAAACAACUACUUGUGUCAAACAAGAAAAGAAAUCCUACAGAGAUCAUAAUUUAUAUUGUGCACUGUAUUGGUACUGUUUAUAUAAGUGGUAUCUUAUGUGCCUGUACAAACUUUAGUAUUUAUUAUCACUAUUUUAUAGGAAUGUCAACUCGGUGAAGAUUUACUAAUUGAUUACUCAUUGGAUUUAACGAGCGAUACUCAAGUACUUGCUUUGUAAAACAUUAACAAAAUGACAACACAAAAUUUUACUGUUUUGUAUUGUGGGUUGUUGUCUUAUGAUCAUAAAACCCUCAACAUUAUUACCUAGGACUAGAUAAAAGUUUAAGGAAUUUUAUGUCAUAAUUAAUAGCUCAUUUACUACAAGUACUACUUUUUGUGAGUUAUUUUUGCAGGAUGUUUAUUUUCCCUUAUUUUUGGUGGGUAAGGGUAAAUUGUGAAAUUAAAUUCUGUGAAAAUAUAUGCAUAUGUUUGGUACUUUCUUAUAACUAAAGCGUUUUGGGUAAUCUAUCUAAUUUUUCCCUUUUCUUGCAAUCAAUAAUCAUCAUUUAAUCAUAAAAAUUCUCAUUUUUUGUCAAAUUUUACAUCUUUUUAACUCCAACCAUUUCAGUAUCCUCUAAAAUAUUAAUGGCGUUUAAAGUAUCGGCCCAAAAUAAAACCGCCAAAUUUUUCAUAUAAAUUGUUGCCCCAUAAUGGAGAAAUUUAUCACAUGCGAAAAUAACCUGCUAUAUGGAGAUAUUACAUAAACUGGUAAUAAUCUAAUCAAGUAAUUUAUAAAACAUUAUUACUCAAACAGCAGUAUAUGGAAACCGUUAAAAAACACAUUUAAUGAUCAACUAAAGGAUGAUAAUUAGAACUUACUGAUGCCAUUAAUCAUUUUCUGAGGGUGGAAACAGGGUGCAAUGAAUUAUUAUUUAUUUUUUUAAAUCUUAGAAGUAGCAAUUUCUAAAAUUUGUUAUGUAACUAACAGUCCUGAUGAUAAAAAUAUCAGCUCUGACAGUGCAGAGGUGGGGGAGUGAUUAAGAUUAGUUAAAAGUGUAAGCCUUGAAAAAUGCUGUUCAUAUAUAUCUAACAAUGUACCUUUGUUUGGAGGGAUUUUAAUUGACAGUUAAAUGCAAACAUUCAAAUCAUAUCUUUAUUUUUAUUAAUUUUUAUUAAUAUAUAAUUCCAGGGAGGCACCCUCUCAGUAAAAAUAUUUUGUUGAAGCUUAAGAAAGCAACAACUUCAAAUCAGGAAAACGUGAUUAGUCGAGUCUCAUUUUGGCAUCAGUAUUCAGUACUACCUAGCAAUACUAGAGUACCAUCUCUACUAUUUUAUUUAGUUUGACUGUAGACUUUCUUCUUGACACGUUAUUUAUAUAAUUAUAUCCAAAAUACAGAACUUAAAUAAAGAUUGGUUAAAUAUUGGUUACUCAUCAUUUUUCAUGUUCUUUUGUCUUUAUCAUUCAUUGCUUCAAAAAAUAUAUAUUUGUACUCUGUAACGAAUAGACUACUUAUGAAGUAUAAUGUAUGUUCCAAACCAUAUGGGUAUUUGGACUACACGUACGGUCCGAAGCGUAUAUAUAUACUCGUACAGUCGGACUGGAACAUAAUGAUUAUUGGUGUAAAAGACAAUGAAGUGUCAGAUACGAUUUUUAUUAAUAAUCAAGUACAUAUCUAUUUGAGCAUACAGAAAUAUGUGAAACAUUAUUGAAGUUUACAUAACUUCAUCUUUAAUAUUUUUUAAAUAUAUGAAGCAUGUUUAAGUUGAUAUUGAUUUACUGUGUCUUUUAUAAAUGGGAAAGAUUUGAAAGUAAAUAUAACUUUUGUUGAUAAAUUUUAUCAGAGAAAAAUAUUGACAUUAGAUAUCAUGUAUUUUUUUAGCGUGGAUAGUAUAAAAUUAAUCAAAUUUAUAAUUUGGUUGUAGUCGUCCAUUAACCAUUAAAGGGUAGAAUUGUAAAAAUGACAUAACCUUGUUCUAACUGAACUGUGCAUGAAAUAUUUGCUGCUGGACAUGAAAGUUGAUGACCUUUAAUGUCUCUACAUUUAAACAGUUUUAUUGUUUUAUGAUUCACAAAUGUGACUUGCCCUAAAAAUAAAAGGGAAUAUAAAAAUGUUUAAUAAAUUGUUUGUUUUUAACCUAGGAGGGAUAUUUUUGCUCUCAAUAUAACAGUUGAUUCUGUUAAUGUAAAGUAAUUGAUUGUGUUUUGUGAAACAUCAUGUAUAUAAUAUUUUGAUUAGAGAAUUCAUCUUUGGUAAAGUACAUAGAAUGUAAUUAAUUAUGAAGUCAUUCAUUGUACAAUUAUUUUUGUAUAUUUUGAUGGGAUGUGUGCAAUAAAUUAUGUAAUUUU